AAAUCCAUAAAACGUAAACGGCACAAUUCACAUCAAUCCAAUCCGCGUAUAAACCAAAAUCAACCGGCUAUUCCAGUUACCGGUCACCACAACUCACCGCGUUUUCUCUUCUUCUUCUUUAAACAUCCUCUCCCCAGUCAUAACCGAGUCACACUCCGAUUCAUGGACUCGUUCUUCUCCAAUUCUCCAUAGAAACAAAACCCAAAAAUCAUGAUUUCCAAUUUUACCCCUCGCUUUUUCCCAAUUUCUUCAACCACCACAAAAAACUCCCUCAUCGGUGCAAAUCAUACUUCUGCUAGAUUCUGUUCUCGCUAAACCUAAAUUCAUUACAACCUUUUGUUUAUUCAAUUUUAAACAAAUUUUCUGAUUAUUUUUUUAUUUUUUUCUGUAAAAAGAAGGUGCACGAUUUGUUAUCAUGGAACCUACCGUAGGUAAGCCUGGCUUCCUUCGGAAUAUUCUCAUACGGUUACUUCUCUUCGGUGUUUUCAUCGUCGUUAUUCGUUUUGCUUACGUCAUCACCAUCGCCGGUGAAACCUGCAAAAUCGGUGAUUUCUGUUUUUUCUCUUCACCGGAGAAAAUUAACGUCGCCGUUGCCGUUACCGGAUCCGAUUCCGGUACCGGUGCGCUCUCUGUUCGAUCUUCAUCGGAAUUAUCUUCACCAGAGCAUCAUACUAGUAAAGACUGGAUCAACGGUGUUCAGUUUUACUCCUCCGUUUUCCAGAAUUUGAUCGCCGCCGGUUAUCUUUCACCGGAGACAAAAGCGCUUUGUGUUGAUACUCCGACUGGGAGAGAUGUUUUCGCGUUGAAGGAGAUCGGUGUUGUUGAUUCAGUUGGAAUAUCGAAGAAGGCGAUGAAACCGUUGGUGAAAUCCGGUGUUGGUCAUAAGAUUCCGUUUGGUAAUAACUCGUUUGAUUUUGUGUUUUCCGGUGAUGGAGGUUUGGAGAGAUCGGUGAAAGGUUUCGAAUUUGCGAAGGAGAUUGCUAGGACCCUGAAACCCGAAGGGUUUGCGGUGUUUCAUGUAAAGGCUAAAGAUGAUUAUAGUUACAAUUCAUUUGUUGAUUUGUUUAAAUUUUGUUGCAAGGUUAUCAAAUUCAAUGAUAUUCAAGGUUUCGAUGAAUCAAUGCCUGAGAUAAGAGAAAUUGUCGUGAAGAAAAUUGGUUAUGGAAAUAUCGAUUCUGAUAUGAAUUUGAAUAAGAAAUGUUCGGUUGCAGGUUAUAAACAAGAAUUGGUUAAGAAUGCUGAGGAAUUGAUUGAAGAGGAACCAUUGAAGCCAUGGAUAACUUUGAAGAAGAAUGUGAAGAAUAUAAAGUAUGCAUCUUCAAUGGUUGAUAUAAGCUUUAAGAGUAGGUAUGUGUAUGUUGAUGUUGGAGCUAGAAGCUAUGGUUCAAGCAUUGGAAGCUGGUUUAAGAAACAAUAUCCAAAACAGAAUAAGACUUUUGAUGUUUAUGCAAUUGAAGCUGAUAAACAUUUUCAUCAAGAGUAUGUGAUGAAAAAAGGGGUAACUUUGUUACCAUAUGCUGCAUGGGUUAGGAAUGAGAGUUUGGUUUUCGAAAUUAACAACGACCCGGGUGAUAAAAAGACGGAGAAAGUAGGGAGAGGAAUGGGGAGGAUUCAACCAUUGGAUUCUCAAGGUGGUGGUGGUGGCGGUGUUGAUACGAUACAAGGGUUUGAUUUUGCUGAAUGGUUGAAGCAUACGGUUACAAUGAACGAUUUCGUUGUGAUGAAAAUGGAUGUGGAAGGUACUGAAUUUGAUUUGAUUCCAAGGUUGUUUGAAACUGGAGCUAUAUGUUUGGUCGAUGAAAUUUUUCUUGAGUGUCAUUACAAUAGGUGGCAGAGAUGUUGUCCUGGACAAAGAAGUCCUAAGUAUGAGAAAACUUAUGAUCAAUGUUUGCAGCUUUUCAAUUCUCUUAGACAAAGUGGUGUUCUUGUUCAUCAAUGGUUUUAGUGGUAGAGUUGUUUCAUAGCUGAAAUACUGAAAAUCCUUUACAUUUUUAUAUAGCAUUGUUAUUUUACGUUUACAAUCCAAUAGAGAAGUUUCAUAGUUUUCUGAGUUUAUUUACUUGUAACAAUUGCAAGUGAAAAUGAAAAUAAUUCCUUUACAUCAAUUGUAUUUGUUACAUAUGUUUCAUCUAUUAUUUGUGUUGAUACUAGUUAUAGCAAUGGAUUCUUUAA